AUGACUACUUUCCCAAGUGGCGGAGAAUGUGGCGACAUCAUCGACUGGUUCGACGAUGUGGCCGAGCGAGCUGGCACCGUCCAAACCGAGACCCUCCGCACAAUUCUCGAAGCGAACCAUCGGGUCGAGUACCUCAAGAAGUGGCUCAAGGAUGUUAAUGUGAACGAAAUGGAGUCGAGACUAUACAGAUACCGAUUAGGUGACGUGGUCCAAGUGUCUGGCUUCUACCGCAACACUCCCAAGCUCAGCUUCGUAUGCCGCCGGAAGCUAAUUCUAACCGUCAACAUCGACAAGAACACCGAAAAGGACCUCCAAUCGGUGGUCGAGAAGGGGUCUCAAAUCCUACACAAGACCAAAAAGGCCGAGCUCAUCGACUUCACGAGCCACGCAAGCGUGGCCCACCAACCGGGACACUACGUGAUCUAUUGGGAGAUCAAGGGUGAGGCUGAUGGGCAGCUGUUGAGCGAAUGUUGCACGGAAAUGGAUGCCUCUUUCGUGGACCCAGGUUAUGUGGUGUCUAGAAAAAGUAGCUCGAUCGGGCCUUUGGAGCUCCGGAUUGUGGAGGAGGGUACUUUUGAGAAGAUUGUGGAGCAUUUUAUUGGGAUUGGCGCGGGUUUGAACCAGUUCAAGACUCCUAGGUGCACGACUAACCCGGUUUUGCUUAAGAUUCUUGAUGCGUGCACCGUAAAGAAGAUUCGUAGCACCGCGUAUGGGUCGAGCUAG